AUGUCUCAGGCCUCGAGGCACCGAUCUCUGACGCCUUCCAUCGAGAUCCAGCACCUGACAGACCCCCUCCUCUCUGUCCAUCGACGGUUCAAAUCCCGCAGCUACAGUUCUGCCGAGGAGCCCACCAUCACUGCCAACAAGUCAAGAUCCAGCUCUUCAACGCCUUCUGUCAAGACGAUUGUUUCUGACAAUACGCCUCUCCUGAACGCAGCCGUUCCAGACGCGCCCUCCGUUCCCACCGCUGAAACACCUCCAAACCCGGUCGGCACCAAACGUCAAAUGUUUGCGCACUAUUUCAAUCUCCACAGAGCUGGCUCUGGUCAGCCAGACGUAUCUGGAACAGAAACAGUGGCAGGCGACUUUGACAACACACCCACCGCGAGUACCCGCCCAUCAUUUGAGGAGACAGUUGUUCUGGCCCCAGGAAAAGGCAUGGCCUCGACCCUAUCCUCCGCUUCAAAAUCCGCCGCUGGCCAUCGACAUGCUCUGCUCAAGACCCAGCCCGGCCGGACCAUGGAGGUAGACCGACAUCUCCCUGUUCCUCCUGUUCUGAGUCGAGAACCCUCUACCGAUACGGUUCCGUUCUUGCGUGCGCAUUCGCCUGAAACGUCCGAAGCGACACCCUUGGUAGCAGACGAUGGAGUACGCUCGCUCCGAGCUACAGAAUCACCGUCGCCUGACCGGAUCCCUACAGGGCCUCCCAGAAACCCAUACGACCUACAGGAGCGGAUAGGCAUCGACCCAGCACUCCACACUACAGAAUCCCACAGCAAGGUGCAUCAUCCCGGGCUUCUGAAGGGUGCAGACUUUUGCGACGCCGGCACAUCGGGACAGCUCGCUCAACAGACAUCGCUCCCGCCCACAGGCUCGGGAAUAGUGUCGUCUACAUCUUCAGAACCUGAGAUCUUGUUGGUUCAGGUACAGCGCACCCUGACCGGGGAUGACUUUUGCCCUACAACCAUACCCAUAGAAAUCCCAAAGCACGCUGAGCACAGCCGUGCCACAAAGGUACGGCCAGCUGCUGACCUCAAGCCCUUCUAUCAUCACGAGAAUCUCAACCAGGGGCAGCAAAGCCACCCGGCUGUGUCAAAAGUUGCUCCCUUUGAUGCCUCGAAAGAGGAAGAGCACGUUUCUGACGCCCAGACCUUUGUGGAGACUUCUAGCGGUGAAGACGUCCCAAACGUGCAAACUGCUCUUGUUCCGGAAAUCGUCUCACGAACCGUGUCUGUUGCCCCGCCAGACGGACGCGCCGAAGCCACAGCAUAUCACCAACUCGAAGACUCUGGACCACCAAGGGUGCAUGCUCUCGAUUACAGACGCACAGCGAAAUGGCUCCGAGAUUUAUUGCUCAACCGUGACGGAUACAGCGCAGCGUUGACUGAGCGUCCCGAACGAUUCGAAAGUAUGCCACGCGGAAGAGGCAGCAACGAGAACACGGAGCCGCUUCCCACGGCGUCUGCUCGAAGAUCCAUGUCCCCUCGCAGUUUGACACGCGAAUCCACCUUACCUCCAUCGAAAAUCGAACCCGGUGCCUUCAAGCAGGCCGUCAACGAGAUGGAGCGUCUCCUGGAUGAAGCUCUUGCGGUAGCUUGCCAGAUUGUUGAUCAUCAGGAGGCCACGCAGCAAGACUCAGCGAAGUCACCGUUGCUCUCAAACCCCGAGUCUGGUGGGGCUAGGACCACCCCAAACGACGACAUACUUACAAAUCUGGAGACUAUUGACCUGGACGAUCUUGAUGACUUGAAAAAGCGCAAGUACGUACGAGCUGCCACACUGCCGAUGCCGAAUCAUCCCUGCCUACGUGACCUUGUUGGCCACCAGAACUCACAGCCGUCAAUGCGAAAACCGAUGCUGACCCCGACAACGCAAACCGGUUGCGGGAACUGUGUACCCUGCACAGAUGAGGCUUGUUUGAUAUUGCCUGAAAACGAGGUUCGUCGAAUCCCCGUGCGUUCAUCAAGCAUGCCACGAGCAACUCGUCGUCAACAACCCGUGCCCGAACCCUUCCAUACAUGCCCAGGAAUCAACAGACCCGAAGAGUCAUCCGACGGGGCAGAUGUCAUAGAUUUCAUGACCCAAUACGGCACACCGCGCAAGGAAGAUGGGUCGAUCCGCACCAGGUUGGCGAACCGACGGGCAGGAGAGGGGAGCAACGACGGAGAUCUUCCGGACGAUGAUGCUGCAGGCCGCGGAAUACGCCACGGUCGCGGCAUUAGCCUUCGUAACAAAUCUCAUGUCAGUUUGCCUGGCGUCCGAGCUUUCAAUCUGCCAAAGUCACAUCGACGACAACCCAUCGCACGGGACUGGUCACCCGCCCGCAAGCAGUUUGUGGCCAUGGUCGCGUGUACAAGCACUGCACUGACUGGAGUGAUUCUGGGCAUCUACGCCGGUAUCGUCCCUUCCAUCCAGUACUACAUUCUCGACACCACGCACGCAACCGUCUACGGCAAUGUUGGAUACCUCUUCGGUGCUUCUCUGAUGAGUGGCAACCCUCAUCAGGAGGUCGUCGACGAGCACGACGUCAGGAGACACGGAGGAGGACUCGGUGCCUGGCUCGGAAUCUGGACAUGGUGUUGGAUUGGUUCCCUCAGUAUCGGCUUCCUUCUAGGUGCUGCGAUUAUCGACGGUCUUCGGCCUGCAUGGGGCUUCUACCUGAGUAUCAUACUCAUUGUCAUUACCCUCUUGCUGAACACAAUUUGUCCCGAAGUCAGAAGAUCCGCAUUCCGACGAUCUGUUGCAGAAGUCCGGACCGAAACGGCCAUCUCCCGGCGCCUUGCACGAGGGGAGGUCAUGAUGCACAGGAUAAAGACAGGGCCCAAAUGGUGGGGACAGGAGGUCUGGCAUGGCGUACUCCUUUCGCUCGAGAUGCUCUGCCAGCCCGGUUUCGCCGUCAUGGCUAUCUAUGUCGGUUGGAUCUACGCUCAAGUCGUGCUCAUCAUAUUGUUUCUGGGAUCGUUGUCCUCGAGAUUCUACAGGAUGCGGUCGCCAUUCGUCGGCCUCAUGGUUGCUGCCAUCGCCUUGGGAGCGCUCGUGGGGAUUCCGUUCCAGAAAGCCAACAUUUUCUCGCGAGCGCGGCAUCGUGAGCAGAAUACCAGCAGGAUGACCCUUGACAACAAAUUCCUCUGGACAUCUCAUCUCCUCCGCCGUACCAUAUUCGCAAUUGGCCUCCCUCUGGCUGGCCUUAUCUACACCAUGGUUUCGGAGGGCCCCCCGAUGCACCCGAGCGUUCCCGCCAUCAUCGCCGCCCUGAUAGGGUUCCUUUCCUGCCUGGCCAUUUCUGAGUGCAACGGGUUCAUCAUGGAAACUUUUGACACAUCUGACCUGCAGCCAGGAAUGAUUGGACAUCCGCGGGAGGAAUCGGCCACGUCCAAGAAGAGGACAAAUUAUUCCUCAUUCCCCAGAGUCAGUGCUGGCCUUGCCCUGUGCCACACCUUUGCCUUUGUCUUUGCAGCAGGAGCCUCGACUCUUGGCGGCCUCUCUCUGCGAAACCUCGGGCAGCGAGCCGCGACAGGUGUGGUGGCAGGCAUACUGUUCGUCUUGACAUUACUCCUUCUCAUUGGACUCAUCCGAUUCAAGGAGGUCCAAAUCAUUCCAGCGUGCAAGUCUUUUGAGAUGGACCGCUGGACUGAAGUCCGUCGCAAAUCGUUACACCGCCGGGCCUCGUUGCCGGGAGGCACACCCAGAACCGAUGAUGCCGUGGCCGAAGACGAGCCGUGGCGUCCGAUCGUCAUUGGCAAUCCGGUAGCCAAGACGCGCCGUAUGAAUAUCCUCGAACUGGGCCCCAUGACGCGCUGGACCGAGAUUCGACGAAAGAACAAGCUCGUUGACGCCAAUGUCAGCGCUGGUCGAGCAGCGCUUGACGUUGUGCGUGAUGUUCGGGAACUUGUGUCACGAUCACCCAGCCAACGCAGCGUGACCGAGAGUACGCGGCGAGGACAUUUGCACCGCAGCGGCGGUUCCGGCGGCAGCAAUGACGUGGAGCUGGACAAUCUGAGGCGCCAAGCUGCGAACACAUCUGCCAACAGCCACCACAGCUGGACCACGGCAGACCCGUAUGUGGAGCGUGAAUGCGUCCUCGGCCAGACUGUGCGAGAAGAGCAGGAGGAGGAGGAUGAGCCCAGCUACGUAAAGUCGGAUACAAGCGCCGAUGAACUGGCGGUGGAGCAGGACAGCUCACGCAUGCGGACUUCCAAGGUCAGGCCGAUGUACCCAGGGCCACCAAAAGGGAAAGGAAAAGGAGAUUGA